AUGGCACGAGAUCUCCAAGAAGACCUGGAUGCGUUGUGGAUCAGAGCCGAACGACACCACGACGCACAAGAGCUAUGCCCUCUCUUCCAGCGUGUCCCGGCCGAAAUCCGGAAUCAGAUCUUUUCACUCGCGCUUGCGGAAUACGAAGAUAUGUCGAGACCUUACGAUCGAGAUACGCACUACUGGCGUCCCGGUUUCCGUGGCCCGCGAAGAGUCGACGUAGCCUUGCUGCGCACGUGCAAGCGCGUCUGGCUGGAGACCCGCGCGGUGCCUCUGAAAGCCUUGUCAGACACGCCAAUGGCGUUCUUCCUCGCGGACAAAAACGCAAGACCGCCAGAGUGCAAAGGUACCGGCCCUUUCCAAACUUUUCGAGCGCGAAGGUUUCUCGAUAUACACUGGAACGCCUUACACACGAUUCAGAUCUUCCUGCAACAAGGCUACUUCCUUGAAGAUUUUUUCAGCCGAGGCAUGCUGUCACCAUCUACCGUGAUCUUGACCAUCCGCUACACAGACUGGAUGUGGUGGAAGCAAGCUUAUCCUGUUUGGUUCAACAGCGAGGAGGUACAAGCUCAUGAGCUUCCGUCCAGCGUGGACAAGAUCGUGGUGGAGUUUGAAGUGAUCGAAGCUGAGGAGCAAAAACUUAGAGCGCUAUUGCGCAGUAUCUUCGAGAACGAGGAGGCUUAUCGCUGGCCCCGGAAAGGCGGCAAAUUUCUGCGUAUCGUGCGUCCAGAGGAGUACGUGAAGGAGUGGAGGUGGGAUGGUCCCACGAAGUUGGAAGGGCAGAGUUUUAAACAUCAUCCUGAGGGGGAUACAAUGACCCGUGUGGUAAAAGCCGUAACUUGGGAAGUGUAG